AUGCUUGGCGUGCUGGCCCCUUUAAUAUUUAUUUCAUGCGUUGUCAUUGCCUCAAGAGACGUUAUUUCAACUGAGCAAUUGCGUACGUUGCAAAAGAGAUUCGAUUCCUACUAUAAUGAUAAUGAUUCUAUUUCCGUCAAGGGAAUCACAAUUGGUGGUUGGCUAGUGAGUGAACCGUAUAUCACCCCAUCUUUGUACAGGAAUGCCAGUGAAUUAGCUGCAAAAUCUGGAAAUAAUUCUGAAAUUAUCGACGAAUUCACAUUUUGUGAUGUGCUUGGGUAUGAACAAGCACAAUCGCUUUUGCAAGACCAUUGGGAGUCCUGGAUCAACGAAGCAGAUUUCAAACAGAUCAGUGACGAUGGGUUUAACCUUGUUCGGAUUCCAAUUGGUUAUUGGGCAUGGAAACAGGAUUAUGAGACCAAUCGGUACGUCGGAAACAUAACUUACACCGAUCCAUACGUGGGCAACGGUCUGCAAUUGAAAUACCUGGAGAAAGCGUUGAGUUGGGCAGAGCAGUAUAGUUUGAACGUAUGGAUCGACUUACAUGGUGCGCCAUCGUCACAAAAUGGAUUCGAUAACUCUGGAGAGAGGGAUCUGUAUAGUACUAAACUCGGCUGGCUCGCAACAUCUGGUUCAAGAGAUUUGACUAUGGCGGUUUGGCAGUCAAUCUUUGAAUCCUACUUGAAUCUUAAUACUAACAGCCCCAUUGUUGGGAUCGAGAUUAUGAACGAACCACUCAGUCCCAAAUUAGACUCCGAUCAGAUGACACACUGUUUCUACGAAGCCUUUAAACUCUUCAAGGACGAGCAAGCCUCGCAUGAUAACACUACUUUUGUCAUUCAUGAUGCAUUCAAGGAAAUUGGUUAUUGGAACUUGCAAUUCAAUCCUGACUACAACAACGUCUCAAGUCAGUUCACAAACAUCAGCAACCUUUCCUUUAGCUCACAAGAUGUCUUGAUAGAUCAUCACCACUAUGAAGUAUUCACAGAUUCCCAAUUAAACAAUACGCAGUACCAGCGAAUCCUCAAUAUCAUGAAUUAUGGUGACUCAAUCUACGACGAAUUACCGUAUCAUGCGGCAGUGGUGGGCGAAUGGUCCGCAGCAAUCACCGACUGUGCCACCUGGUUGAACGGGGUGGGAAUCGGGUCCCGUUACGACGGGUCAUACUACAACACCACGGAAUUCAACACUACCGAUCAACCUGUAGGUAAAUGUUUAUCUCAACAGCCCAUUGGCAACUGGACUAAGCAGUACAGGACACAAGUGAGACAGUUUGUGGAAGCCCAAUUGGCCACUUACUCAACAAGAACGUCGGGGUGGAUCUUUUGGAACUGGAAGACUGAGGAUGCAGCUGAGUGGGAUUACUUAAAAUUGAAGGAGAACAACCUUUUCCCAAGCCCAUUCGACAAUUACACUUAUUUUGAUACCGACGGCGGUUUAAAACCUUCUGUUUCAAGCUCUUUGUCGAAAGAAGCCACUGCAACAAGUAAGAGUUCUGCUGUUGCAAUCCAGAGACCUUUCCAGGCAGUUCAAUGGCAGCACUUCAGUCUCACAUUGAACACAAUCAUUGGAACUUCGCUAGUAGCUAUCAUGCUAGUUUGCAUCUUUCUGUAA